AUGGAGGGAAGAGUUAUCGGGCCCGGGCCGUACAGGGCGACAAAGCUGUGGAAUGAAACAAUUAAACUCUUCCGUGGAGGUAUGCCUUUAAGAAGACAUUGGAUGCACUUCCGCUACUAUGAUUGCACUUUCUCAGGAUCCGAGGCUGUAGAUUAUCUCCAUCAACUUCUUCUGCACAACUGUAACUUUGGACCAGAGGUGACUCGCUACCAGACCAUACAGCUGCUCAGGAAGUUCCUCAAGGCCCAUGUCAUUGAAGACGUGAAGGGUCGGCAUGGGAAAGAAGACUUUGAAGAUAACAAUCAUUUAUACAGAUUCCCCACUCUGUCUCCCCUCAAAUCAUUUCCAUCAAGAUCCGUGUCCAGAAAUGGCACUGACCUGCCAAGACUGAUCCGCUGGGAUGACUAUGAAGAAUUACCACAGCAGGAGAACACAGCACAUUUGAAGUCUACUGGGUUGACGUCUGAUUUUUGGAACAAACGGCACAGUGUGGCAAUUGGGGAUGUGCAUGAAUGCAAGCUCAUUCGAAGAAAAGAUAUAACACCCAAGCAAGUGGACAACAUAUGGAAGUCAAUGACAGCUGCACAUUUACAGCAAGUACUGGGGCUAACAACAUUGGAUGGCGUGUUAAAUCCAGCACACUUGAAAGGCAAAUACAUAGUUCACAACGUUUUCAACGUCAAUAAGUCGGGCAUAGUUGUGUUGGAGAACCCUGCUGAUGACAUGCCCUACUGGGUGGUAUCAGCAAUGAAAUGCUUGGCCAACUGGCCCAAUGGCAAUGACACCAAACAACCAGUGUACCCAGGAUUUGAGAGGGAUGUCCUGAAAACUGUAGCCGAUUACUAUCAAAGACUCAAAGAACCACUACUGACUUUUAAUCUUUAUGAAGUCUUUGUCAACAUUCUCAGUCUGCUACACGAACAAGACUUGGCUACUGAGGCGCUUCAAGUCAGCACCCUUUUGCUGCCACCGCCCAACCGAAGACAUCUUCAGCUAUUGCUGAGGCUGAUGGCGCGGGUCUCUCAGAAUCCCCAUCUGCCGCCACUUAAUGACACUAUUGCCAGCCGCACUCUGAUGGUGCAAAUGUUUUCACAAUGUGUUUUGGGCUCCCUUGAUGAGAUGGACUUGGAUGAACUGCUUGCCUCAAAACUGGUCACUUUUAUGAUGGAGCACCACAACACCAUCUUUCAAGUGCCCAACAAAUUGAAAUGUCAAGUUGAGGAGCAGCUUACCCACCUCCGAAGAGUUCAGAUUAAAUAUGCUGGUUCUGACACAGACUUCAGUACAUCUCCAGCAUUUUAUAAACUGAUUAGUAGGGUGGAGUCGGAGGAGCCGAAGGUGAUUGGUACCCAGACUCCUUUGCAGCAGCUACUGGAAGGCCUGAUCUCAGACAAGGAACUUCCCGUCAAGGACAAAAGGAAAAGACUAAAGCAGUUUCAAAAGUCUUAUCCUGAGGUUUACCGAAAUCGAUUCCCUUCUGAGGAAAGUAGAGCUGCUGUCAUACCUGAGAAAACCCCUCGCCUCAAACCGCACCUAAUGUUUUUCAACUUCAAGAAACCCUCAAACCCAUUUCAAAGGAGCUGGAGUUUUAGGGCAUAA